UUUUAAACAUUUAGAGCAAAAUAUUAAUGCAGAGUAGAAUUAGAAGAAGGCUUAAUAGUUUCUGGUUAGUGUGUGUUCUGUCUUAGCUGCACGCUGAUCUUUCCACGGAGUGAACUCUGAUCUAACCUGCCUUACACGAGCUAGAUGAGAUCAGGGAGGAAAGUAGCUUCCUUCCUCAAAAUCUAAUGCAGAGGAAACAAACUGAAGCUGGGGAGGUGUUGGGUUUUCCAACCCAUAGAUUUAGAAACGGGGUAUUUUUAAGGAGGAACUGACAUCACAAGCAUGUACGUUGCACAGGGGUGCAGCAUUUAUAUGGGCUACCUGACAGUCAGCAGCAUCAUCUUCCUCUUCAUCUCACCGCUGACAUCAUGAAGACUCUCUGCUUCAGUCUGGGGCUGCUGCUGCUCGCCGUCUGCUGCUGCAACGCCAUGCCUGAAGCAGUGAAGUACAGGGCUCCUGUUAAAUGCUGCUUGAAGUUUAGGGAUAAGCCCAUUGAUGCACAGCGUGUGGAAGACGUGUACAAGACCCACAACUCCUGUAUGAAGAAGGCAUUCAUAGUGACGACGGUUCGGGGAAGGGAGAUUUGCUUCCGUCAGACUUUUGAUUGGGCCGUGAAGCUCUUCAAUCAGCACCGCGGCGCUGAAGGCAGCGGUCAGCACAGCUGAACAUCGUUUAUUGGAUCAUUUUAUUCUUACUUUUUACUGUUGGAUAGUACAGAUCAAAGCAGAAUGAAAAAGUUCUCAAGUAUAUUCAAUACUUCAGACACAUUUAUUACUUAUUAUGUGAUUUUGUACUUUUUGAGUAUUUAUUCAUUUAUCAGUGUUUUUCUUUACACUUCAGUUUUUUUCUCUUUGUGUUAUUUCAACAAAUAAAAUUUGUACACCGGC